AAGGAGAGCUGCGAAAAGAUCCAGCACUACGGCGCACACAAGGACGAGACGGGCACACGCGACGAGCCCGACGAUGAGGUCUGCCUCAAGAACCUCAAGGCCGUCAUCGCACAAGCAAAGCAAGAGUUCAAGGUUGUCGAGCGCCAGCUGAGGAAAUUCUACCACGACGACGAGUAGGUUACUCGAUAUAACGAUAUGGCCCAAAGGGAAGAAAGAAGAGCGAAGCAGCAGGGGAAGAGGCCACCAAACAUCAAUGAGACAAAAAGUCAUGAAUUCAUCCACAAUGAGAAGAAACAACCACUAUUACCACCACCAUCCCCACCAUUUAUAUAAACUCCCUCCUUCACUUCCUUUCGCAGCGCUCCGCCCUACCUUUUUGUUUUGCAUUCAGCUCAUGUUUUACUGCAGCCGGUCCCUCUAUCAAGGUUCUUGCAUCCGAGGCGUGCUCUGCCAAGUUGUCGAAGACAAAGACAAGAGUCAUAGAUCUGGAGCAAAUGGCGUUUUCCGUUUUCUGUUUAACAUAAUAUCUAGUCACUGUAGCUUUGCCCCUUUUUCUCUCUCUGUCUUUUCUUACCAUUUUCUACUUCACAGUCUCUGCCUAGUUCAUUUCCGCUCUAGCUUGCACACGCUUCUCCACUUCAGUUCACAUCUUCGCUUUCUUGUUCAGUCACCUGAAUCGCGAGAUAUCUGUUUUCUGCCUCCCUGUGAGCCAGAUCUUGUCACUCUUAAAGCCACCUCUCGCGACCGUGACUACGAUCACACGCAUGCUAUAGAAAUGCAGAAUAUUUCAAAAUCCAGUGCAGCCCUUCACUGAGAGUGUGAACGUUAGCGCUUCUCCGGUGGAGGGAUGCACCAAUCUCCAAAACAUUCUGCAUUUCUA